GGGAACCAACAUUAGUGCUCGCUGUUGUCACAUGUAAAGAUGCCCCCCGAUGAGGCGCUGGUGUUUGUGUGGCAGCCCGCUGACGGAGCUCUGACACCGCCGACGGACUGAACGAGUGUCGGCUCUGGUGGCGUCUGAAACGUGAACCAACAACAGGAAUAAAUGCCGAGGACGGAAACCGGCAGCGUUUCCGCCAAACCCUCCGUCCACCGACGAGCUAGCACCAAACACUGCUAGCACCGUUCAGCUAGGUGACGAAUAGCCGGGCAGCUACUGUUCGCAGGCAGCUCUAUUAAUAGUGGACCUGUGUAGGAGAUUAGCAUUGACAACUUAACCCGGGGUUGGUUUCUGUGUGUCCUAUGAUCUCGCAGCGUUAGUUUGUCUGUACCAAAAUGUCCACCACGUCGCUGGAUAAAGAGUUACAGGAGCGACUGAGAGAGGCGUCUGCCAUCGGGGACAUCGAUGAAGUGCGGACAUUGGUGGAGAGUGGAGUCAAUGUUAAUUCCCAGAACGAGAUAAAUGGAUGGACAUGCCUGCACUGGGCAUGUAAGAGGAACCAUAAGCACAUAGUCUCCUACCUACUCGGUUGUGGAGCCGACAAAGAAAUCCUCACGGCUAAGGAUGAGUUGGCCUCACAACUCACAUCCAAGCCGGAGAUCAAACGACUUUUAGGAGUUGAAGUGGAGGAAGUGCCUGAAGUCAAGGAAUCUGAGUUGCCAAUCAUCCCCAACUACCUGUCUAACCCACCCUUCAUGUAUUCCAAGUUGGAUAACAAGUCAGAAGUCCUGCUGGCCCAGCACCUCGCACAGAACGGUUCUGGAGAACACGACGAGGACACGCAGAGCGAUUCAGCCUCCCUCUCCCCCACUCACGAGCCUCAGAAAUCACAGGGCCUGGUCUCUGAUGGCUCCUCUCCUCCCCCAAACACCGCCCACAGCCAAGCCCAGGCUGGGGAGUUCAUUCCUGUGACUGAGCAAAACGGAGUGAGCCAGGCCUCAUCCCAGAACCACGCUGCUGUCAACUGCACAGUGCCCAUGGACCUGUCCGUUGAGCCGCACCUCGUCAACCACGCUGACUACCCGCACGCCGUGGCGCACAACGGCACCAUGUGCUCACCUCCGUUACCCUCGCCCAGCCCCAGCUUGGCCAGCAGCAGUGGUAGCCAGGUCCAGGCCCCGGUGGCCAGCGCCAACCCGACUAUAAGCAGGCAGCAGUCUAUCCCACAGCAGCUGAGCUACAGCCAGGGCGGGGGGCCCAUGCCUGCCUUCCAGCCUUUCUUCUUCACCAGUACCUUCCCUGUCAAUGUGCAAGAGUUGGUGCUGAAGGUGCGUAUCCAGAACCCCAACGCACGGGAGAACGACUUCAUCGAGGUGGAGCUGGACCGCCAGGAGCUCACCUACCGUUCCCUUCUGAGGGUCUGUUGCCGUGAGUUAGAUAUCAGUGCCGAGCACGUGGAGAAGAUCCGUAAGCUGCCAAACACCAUGUUGAGAAAGGACAAGGAUGUGGCGCGGCUGCAGGACUUUCAGGAGCUGGAGGUUGUGUUGGAGAAAGCAGAGGGCCUGUCCCUUUUCUCUGGGACUGGGGGCCUAACAGACAGACCCUGCUACAACAUGAAGGCCUCGCGCCUCACCUACUAGAGCUUCACCAGAGCCCACGGUCUCCCCGCUUACGAUGGGCUUCUGUAGCUACCCUCAAGCAACCAUAACUAGUUGCCCGCCCAGGUCCCUCGUUACAGCUUUGUCCGGCUUUGGUGUUUCGCCAAUUUCCUAACUGGGAUUUGGUUGUCUCUCUCCCCCCCCCCCAAGUUCUGUAGCUAUUCUCUUCCUGCUGUCCUCCUCUGGGCCUCCUGCCGCUUUAGUGUACCCAACCAGUUCUAAGCGAUUACUGAUGCAUGGUGUCCUCGAUUAUGUGCGAAAGUAUUUGGGCCCCUCUGUCCUCUCUUUAUCUCUUUCUCUCCUCCCACUGCACUUUGUGCCAAGGCCCCAGUGGGACAACAGAGGGAGACAUUGGCUCGUCUUCCUUACAAACUGGACUUGAACGGGAUUCUGCAAUAGCCUUAUAUGGACACACAUCUAUAUACUGGCUGUGGACUAUGGUCACAGAGGAAAAUAGGUCUGAUAAGACCAAGAGCAGAGGACAACAGGAAGGAUUUACAUAACUCUUACUGAUACGUUCAUCAUCAGUCCACAGAAUAGGAUGAGCUGCAGCACAGUGGACUUGCACACAGAAACGUGAAUUUCUAGCAAACUGACCUAUAGAGCGUUAUCAGAUAUUCUAGCUGGCGUACACACUUUCAUAUAUGCUGUAGGCAUAAACCUUAGUGUCUUUUCGGCAGAGGGCACCCGUUACUGGCCUAAUACUUAAGGUGGAGGUAAUCUCACACCAGGUGAGACUUAUCUUUCGUAUCUUUGGACUAAUAGUACUUUUAUUUGCUGACCACACAUACAGUAUGCUUUAAUCUAUAUCUACACAAGGAUGGACAUAUUUGACUAGGAGUACUGGGUUUCUCUACAUAUUUAAGUCAUCCAGUCACACACUGUGGAACAGAAAUAAUUCGUUUUGUUGUGUCGUUUCAUGUCGGACAAAAACUUCCUUUCUAUCGUUGAGAUAAAUGUGCAGCAACUUGAAGGAGGACUCAUUUUUUGUUAUUUUCUACAACACGUUACCACUUCUUGUCACGCUAUUGGGUUCAGUCAGCAUAACACUUAAAACUGUUAACUAUGAAGUAUUUAUUUUAAAUCUUUUGAGUUAUAUUGAUCAUUACUAAUAAUGUGAGACCAUACACUGGCUUGAGUCCCUGCAAAAGCUGUGUAUGAGGCUCAAACCUGGUUUAUCGUAUAAGUUGAGUCUGUCGACUAGUUUCAGUUGCUGUCCUUCUGUUUAACUGUGAUUUUAGAAUUGAAACCAAAAACUCAUCUAGCCAGCAAAGAUAUUAACUGCAGAAUAAACUAUCACUGCUUCAAGAAAGAAUGCAGCCUCUUUAGAUCCCACCGCCCAAAGUGAAUUUGAAAUAAAUAAGAUAUAGCAAAGGACAUGACGAUCUGUGUUUAUUGCACUUGGUUUAAUGAGUUUCUUUUUCCCUCCAACACUCAUCCAAAUUAUUUCUGAAAUGAUAAUCUUUGUGUCACCUCACUUUAAACCUAGGCUAUCUAUUUCUAUAGAAAUCUAUAGAUUUCUUUCAAACUUUACAACUAAAAGCAACACAGAAUAACCUUACAUAUGGAUUCAGCUUGGCUGUAAAGGCCAGUCUAUUGCUAAUAUUUUAUUAUUUUUUAUUUUAAGAAAAAUGUAUGUUUUCUAAUUGGUAGUUUAAUCAGAAGUGUUGUUGCUGUCUGACUUCAAUGGAGACUGACUAGGAACGACAUUCUUUAUAUUGUAUAUUAAGGGUUUAAGUGGACCAUGACAGGUCAAAAGGCACAGCCUUGUCAUGUUGGACGGUUAUGUUUAUGCUGCUUUCAUCAACACUUUAUAUUUUAAUUCCCAAUGCUGGGGCUCGUUUAUUUUAAGCAGUGCGGUAGGCCGCCACUACACGUCCUACAAUCAAAAGGUUUCUCGCCCAGUGGUAAUUGUUUACUGGUCAAAUGUAUACCUGAAGCUCUUACUGUAUUUGUAUGUUUUAUGAUAUAUUUUUUAUUCAUUUGUAUAAUUUUUUUUAACCAGCUAGGCCUGUUGCGUUUGUGUCAAAAAGUCUAGUAUUGUUCAAGAAAGAGUUUUAACACUGGGAUUAAGGGUGCGUAGACGCUAUUGUUGAAGCCAAGUGCAAUGUGUGUGGGGGGGGGAGGGGGAAGAAUGUGUUUCCAGAAAGUUUGCUGUGAGAAGAAAAGACUACCAAGAGUGCUUAUUUUAUGUUCCCAACUAUGUUAAAUGCUUUACUAAGUGAAGUUGCACGACGAGUUUUAAGGCAGGAGCUUGGUUGAGAAAGUGGGACAGUGUAUGGGAGGAAACAACCCCCUGGCCAUUUUGUGCCCUGGGUGAGUGCGAGCAGCAUGUUUGAAAUGUUUUUUAUAGGAUCUUCCUUGAUUCUGUGGAAAGGAGAUGACUAACAUUGUAUUUGUGGGGUUGCUUAUUGUUCUAGAAAAAGCAAAAUACAGUUUGACUUAACCUAUGCAUUCAGAGUCUGAUAUUUUUAUAAACGGUAUGUCCUGUGUAAUUGUAGAAAUAAUCUUUAGGCACUGUUAAAGUUGUGUUUUUUCGUUCUUGAGACCUGUAUCUGUUCUUUGAUAAAGCAUGGUGAAUUACUUGA